UAGGUGUUUGAAUGAAGUGGUGGCGUCAGGAAGAUUUGUCUGUAGUUGUAGCUCAGCUUUUUCGUUUUUGUUUUUUUUUUGAUAAAUAAACUGAAAUGUGUUCAAGUGAGAAUUUGAGAGAGUUUGUCAUCGAGCGGCUAACUGCUGCUGCUGAAGACAUAUUUGGAGUUUUCCAGAGAACUAUUGUCGAGUACGAGGCAGAGAUCGAUCGACAGCGCAGACUGCUGGAUAUCGUUCAGAAACCUCAAAUCGAUUUACAUAGAAUAGCUCCUCAAGAUGUCCCUCAGCAGCAUGAGUGUAAAGAAGAGGAGGUUGUGACUGACCAGCAGCUCUGUUACCAGGAGAGGAACUUCAGUCUGAACCAAGAGGAGCCAGAGCCUCCACAGAUGAAGGAGGAGCAGGAGGAGCUCUGCAUCUCUCAGGAGACAGAGGAGCUCACAGUGAAGCAGGAGAAUCCACAGAUAAAGGAGGAACAGGAGGAAGUCUGCAGCAGUCAGGAGGUACAGGAGCUCAUAGUAAAGCAGGAGACUGAAACAUUCAUUUGGACUUCUACUCAUGAGGACAGUGACUACAGUGAACCUGAACAACAAAAUGAACAGAAUGUCCUUUCUGACAACUCCCAUGUUGUUGCAAAUCAAGAUCCCCAUGGAAGCAAGCAUGAUGACUCAGAGUCAAGUGGAUCAGAAUCAACAUCUAAGGAAAGACCUAAGAAGAGAAGAAUUGAGACAACUGAAACAUCAGAGAUUGUAUGCAAUCCUCACCAAAGUCAGAAGUUGUUUAAAUGUGACACAUGUGGUGAAGAGGUUAAUAGCAAGUCAGAAUUACAGACACAUCAGCGUGUCCAUGAUGGUAAGGAGACACAUUCAUGCAAGAUUUGUGGGAAAAUGUUCAGCUACAAGUAUGAUUUGACUAAACAUACAAGAUCCCACACAGGUGAGAGGCCGUUUCCAUGCAACACAUGUGGAAAAAGUUUCUUUCGGCUGGCUCACUUGAAUUCUCAUUAUAAAGUUCAUACACAUGAAAGGCCAUUUACAUGUGAAACAUGUGGCAGCACUUUCAGAGAUAAAAGUGAUUUAAAGAUUCACAUGAGAACUCACACAGGUGAAAGACCGUACUCCUGUGAUACCUGUGGGGCAAAAUUUACCCAGAAAAGUAAUAUGAAUAAACACAAAAGAAUUCAUACAGGUGAAAAGCCGUACUCCUGUGAAACUUGUGGUAAAUCUUUUGUAAACAAAAGUGAGUUGAAUAUUCAUACAAGAACACACACAGGUGAGAGACCUUUCUCUUGCAGCACAUGUGGAAAAGGAUUUAUUCAGAGGAAGUUAAUGAAACUUCAUACGAGAGUACACACAGGUGAAAAGCCAUACUCCUGUGUUACCUGUGGGAAAUCAUUUUCCCAGAAAAGUAAUUUGGAUAAGCAUGAAAGAGUUCAUACAGGUGAAAAACCAUAUUCUUGCAAUGAAUGUGACAGGUCUUUUACAUAUUUGUAUGCUUUAACAGAUCACAUGAGAAGAGCUCACACAGGUGAGCGUCCAUACCUUUGUAAGACCUGCGGGAAAACAUUCGUUUCCUCAUCUGAUUGUUCACAACACAUGAAAUCCCACGCAGACAAGUAGUCGCAUGUCCACGGAUGUGGUGGAGAUGAUUGAGUUCCACUGAUAGCUGUAUCUUUGUAUUAAACACAAACUGUUUUCUUUUGAAGGAGGUUCACAGAUGCCUUGCAGCUAUCUGAAUGGCUUUGAAUGAUGGAUUUGCCUUGGGUUGUUUAAAGUAUUUUUGCACUUUACUGUUGUGUCUGACUUGGUGUGAUUACGUUUCCAAUGUUUCUUUUUUCUGUAUUUUUUG